ACUUGGUAUUUGCAUGGCUAAAAUUUGAUUGUUCAAAAAUGUCGAAAGAUAAAAAUGUUUGGUUUGCAGAAGAAAUCCUCUUAGACGCUAAGCUUAUCAACUUCCAACUGGAGACGGGCGAGUGGGAUGCCGUGGAGGAGAUGCUGCGGGCCGAGGCGCAGCUUUCUCGAGACGGCGAGACUGGACGAUUGCGACCUAAAAAAGCAUCAGAGUACACGCUCCGUCUCAUAGCCGAAGUGCUCCAUAUCAUGCGGUUGGAUGUGGAACAGGCCUCUUAUAACCGCAGCACCCUGGCUGUAGCUGAGCAAUGCUUACGCCUCGUCCGCUCCUGUGGAGCCUCUGGCACCAAAAUGCAAACAUACAUCUCAAAAGAACUCUCCAUUUUAGACUCCAUGCUGAUUUUAGCUACCGAAUACCAACAUCCUAGUGUCGACUUCCUGAAUGAAGAAUUACAGAAGAAAUAUGAAUCCUGUAUGAUAGUAUUAAUUCAAACACUUGGAAAUUUAGUCGUCAAUAACCCAUUUAAUCAAAUCAUAAUUUGGAAUAAAUUUGACACAAUUAUUCUCAAUUCCUUAGUCAGUCCUAAUGACAAGAUAUCUUCAGCCGCAGCCAUGAUUGUUUACAACAUAUUAUUGGUACAACCUAAUGUGUUACCAGAUGAUGUUAUGCUGCUCAAUUCUCUAGCUUACAUGUAUAGCAACGGCAACACUGAGUACCCGCAUUUAAUUAUAGAAUAUUUCAUUGGUGUUGAAAACACAUAUAUAGAGAAGCUAUACUCAAAAUUGGAUCCGGAAUGCAGAAUGCUAGUUUUAAAUCUAGCGUACAACAUUUUGAUGUCUACGGAAUCUCAGGAUAUUAAUGUAUCGGUGAAUUUUGUGAAGUUUAUGGCGCACGAGUUUAAGACUAAAUCGGACUGUAUUUUGAAGACAGUGGACAAGUAUGUGAACAGUAUAGAGCCACAGGAGGUAGUUUUUCUGCUUGAGAUCAUCGCAACAGCUUCAAGUAUGGAUACAUAUAUGGAUUGCUUGCAGAGUGAUACUUCUCUGUUUAUAAAUUGUGCUUUCCUGUUGCGCGCCAUCCACACGCUGGGCAGAGAGAGCAGCAACUUUUUCUCGUCGCUCAACAAGUUGUAUGAGGCUACAGGCCGACAGCUGAUUAACGAUGAAACGGCUUACAACACUCCACCACCAGAGAAUCCUCUGACCAAAAACGACUCCGCUGAUAACAUGCUUUCCUGCAACGAGACUACUUCAGAAUGCACCGAGUCCGAGAGCAGCGAGCAGUUUUUCGAGUGUAACGAAAUACCCACCUUCGAUCGCUUCGAGCCCGCGGAACCGCCCAAACUAGAAAACCCUGACGCGAAAAACGGAAACGCCAAUGUAAAAAUCGACAACGAUUUAACCAAAGUAGCCUUUAAGAGGAGCAGCUCAGUGCCAAAAGCGGAGGACCGAAUAACAGCCCUCCCGAUGCGAAGGAUAAGUCUAGAACAUAAAAUAGACAUCGGAGACGACACAGAACCACCACUAAUCAUAGACGCUAUGUCACCGAACGGUAACAUGAACACAAUUGCAGAAGUUAUACCGGUAGCGUUGCAACCUAGACUAGAACUGCAGCCUACAAGCCAAACCGAGUCCCAAGACAACUCCCCGAAUGACCCACCUACAGAAAUACAUUUACCCAAAGAAGAAAAGACCGAAGUCAAAUCGUCGCCCAGUGAAAUCUCACCACCGUUAGCCGAUAACCCGGUGGAGACAGAACCACAAAAACAGUCCCCGGACACGCUGAAAGAAGUCAAGAAAAGUCAGAAUUUGUCGACUGAUUUUGACUUGAGCGAGCAAUUGCAGAAGAUUCUGGGGAUAUCGGAGAAGCGAGUGGAUGCUAAUGCGGAAAUGAAGGAACCCGUUAAGGAAGUGAAGAUAUCGGAGGAUAAUGUAGUGGUUAAUAAGGUGCCGUCGGUGAAGAUUGACUCCCCUGAGAGCCAGAAGACCAGGUUGGGAGCAGUCGACAUGACGACUAGCAAAACCCUCUACACGAGCGUGGAGACCGUAGAGCGGCAUGUCGCCUUCGGGUUCAAAGCUGCUUUAGUAAGAGCGCUGGCCAACCUCUGCUGGAAGAACCAGGCUAACAAAAAACAGAUGCGAGAAUUGGAAGUCAUCCCAGUGCUGCUGGAUUGCUGCAACAUCGACGCUCGGAAUCCACUAAUAAUGCAAUGGGUCAUCUUCGCCGUACGCAACCUUUGUGAAAACUGUCCCGAAAAUCAGGAGGUGAUAGCAAAGAUGACACUUCAAGGGCCAGUCGACAACGAGGUCCUUAAAGACAUGGGCCUGGCGCUCAACACAGACGGACAAGGCAACACCAUCAGACUAGCACCGUACCCCCGAUAAAUAGACAGGG